AUGGCGCCUCGCAAUGAGAAGAGCCAAUUGAAGCGUCCGUUGGGGUCGUUGCCUGAGGACGAAACCGAGUCGAAGAGGCCCCGACGCUCCGAUCGUCUGUCCCAGGCCGGAGCCAACGACAAGACGGACAGGCAGCAGCUGCCGACUCCCGUAACCAUCCCCGCCGACGAAAGCACGAGCGACGUUCCCAAGGAAUCGACGGCGACGCCGCCUGCUCCCAGGACCGAGGAGGCGACGCCGCGCAAGGUCGUCGAGCCGUGGUCCCAGAGCCAGGCACUCUCCUCGCCCCCGCAGGACACGCAGCCGCUCAGCCAGUACGUCGACCGCCAUCCCGCCCUCUCCGACGAGGUCGAGGACGAGGUGAAGGAGGGCGUUUGGGGAUACCUGGUCCCUCUCGAUCCCAAAUAUGGCGACAAGCCCCUCGUGAUGAAGAAGCGGAAUGCCUGUCCGUUGCGAGGCGCGAUGCAAGCCGCGGCGAAUGGACACGACCAGCCGUCCGAUGGUAAAUCUGCCCCGCUCAAGGAGGAGGAGGCCUACGAGCGCUCCAAAGUAAAGGGCGUCGCGUCCGGCGGCUAUCUCAUAGGCCGCCAUCCCGAGUGUGACGUCGUCGUCGGCGAAGGGGUCGUUUCCAACAGGCACUGCCUCCUCUUCGCCGAGAACAAGGGCACCGACAGCGUUGCCAUCGUCGAGGACCUGUCCAGCAAUGGCACCUUUGUCAACGAGGCCAUCGUCGGCCGUAACCAGCGCCGGGAGCUCGAGGACCAGGACGAAAUUGCCGUCCACGGCAAGGCGAGAUUCGUCUUUCGGUACCCUCGAAGCCGACACACCAGCGCAUUCCUGCAACAGUACACGCUCAAGGAGAAGCUCGGCAAGGGGCACUUUGCCGAGGUCUACUUGUGCGUCGAGAAAGCGACCGGUCAGAGGUAUGCCGUCAAGAUCUUCACCAAGCAUCCCGGCGUCGAGGACCGGACAAAGACGGAGGGGCUGCAGCAGGAAAUUGGUGUCUUGAUGGGUGUCAGCCACCCCAACGUCCUCUGCCUCAAGGAUACCUUCAACGAGCGAGACCGCGUCUACCUCGUCCUCGAGCUCGCCCCCGAGGGCGAGCUGUUCAACUUGAUCGUCAUGAAGCAGAAGCUGAGCGAAUGCGAAACCCGCAAGCUCUUCCGGCAGCUUUUCCAGGGAGUCAAGUAUCUCCACGAACGAAACAUCGUACACCGGGACAUCAAGCCCGAAAACAUUCUCAUGGUCGACAAGGACAUGCAUGUCAAGCUAGCCGACUUUGGCCUCGCCAAGAUCAUCGGCGAGGAAUCCUUCACCACCACCCUCUGCGGCACGCCCAGCUACGUUGCUCCCGAGAUCCUCGCCGAUUCCAAGCAACGAAAGUACACCAAAGCCGUCGACGUCUGGUCUCUCGGCGUCGUCCUCUACAUUUGCCUCUGUGGCUUCCCCCCCUUUUCCGACGAGCUCUAUUCGAAAGACUUCCCCUUCACCCUCUCGCAGCAGAUCAAGAGUGGUCGCUUCGAUUAUCCUUCACCUUACUGGGACUCUGUCGGCGAUCCGGCUCUGGACCUCAUCGACUCCAUGCUCGUCGUCGAUCCGGAGAAGAGAUUUACCAUUGAGCAGUGCCUGUCGCAUCCCUGGCUCACGCAGAAUACACCGGGCGUCGAUGACAGCACCGGUGGUCUUGUCGGCGGAAUCGCCGGCCUCGAGGUCCAACGACGCGCGCCGGUGCGUGAGAGAACGCUGCUCGCGACUCUCAACUCUGUCCAGGUGACCGCCGAGCUUCCUGCCGGGGAGAACAAACGCCCCGUCAAGGUCUACGCAAAGAACAAGCAGCGUAUCACGAAUUCGGCCAAGGAACCGGCCCCCGACAGCCAGCGGGCUCCUGGCGCGUUCAUGGCCAUGGGCGGUAAGGGUGACAUGCCGCUUUACCCGGAUGAAAGUGGAAGCAUUUACCCAGCAGGGGACGCAGCUGGCAAAGGAAAAAAGAAGGCCAACGCACCUGCGAAUCGAUAA